AUGUCGCUCAACUUUUUGCCAGGACAGCCAAAUGACACUAUACAAACGGUGUGUCAGAGUUCAUGGCAGGAGCACACGCUCAUGGCCUACUGCUCGGGCAACAACUUGAUCAUUCUCUCUAACAAUUUCAGCAAACUUCAAACGAUUUACCUGGAAAGUGAUUGUAUAGCUGUUGACAUCGACGCAUCUAAUGGGCAUAUUGCUGUGGCAUUUGGCUCGGCAGUCUAUGUUUACAAACCACUGCACCAGGUGAUGAGGAAUCCCCGGUGGGUAUUCUGCACCAAGAUCUUUCAUGAUGAUUCAAAAGUCAACACGAUUAGCUGGGGAAGCAACGGCGAGCUAGCGGUUGGCUCCAAUUACUUGUCUUUUUGGAAAAUACGGGAGGAGUUUGGUAAUUUUACUCCAUGUUUGCUCUGGACUAAGAAACAGUUCAAGCCUGUAUACCGAUGCGCAGUGUCCGAGGAUUCGCAGGUGAUUGCUAGUAUGCACAAGUAUAGUAACACUGUUCGGCUUUGGAAGCGCAUUUCAAUCGGCGGUGAUCGAGAUCUUUUCGACCUCACGCUUAUUUCGCAUCCUGCCCCAGUAACUACCUUUAGAUGGAAGCGCACUAACAACUUUUGUGAGGAGGAAAGAGACUCGCAUGUGCUGUACACUUUGUGCUCCGACUACAAGCUGCGAAUAUGGGUUUAUUUUGAGGUAAACGGUAGAAAGACCGUUCAACAAUGGGGAAGUUUGGAGCUGGAUGAGGCGAAAAACCAGCGGUUUUUCUUUAUUUUGGACAGCUGGCUUGUUCAAGAGGUACUAUCAGGCCAUACACCCCCAGAAUUUGAGUAUUUUUCUCGGCUGCACCCCGAAGUUGCCAUUAUAGCAGACUCCUCAGGAAGACUUGAUGUUUAUGCCCUGGAAAACCUCUCUCAUGACCCUCCAAAGCUUAUGAGUAAAAGAAAGCUUUGCUCUACUCAAAUCGAUCCUGGUGCCUUUGUUCACUUACCGGAGUUUCUGUAUUUUGCUGAACCUCAGCUCACGCGAGGCGACUCAAAACAGAUUUCACUCAUUGUUCAUGACGUCAAAGGUGUCCUGCGACAUUCAAGCGUUGACCUGACUAAGGCAUUGACUGGGAAAAGCGGGAAAUUUGGUACCCUUUUGCACAAGUUAACCGGUCACAACAAGUCGAUCCAAAAGUUAGGAAGAAGCAGCGAUGGUAUGGCCAUGAUAACUUUAUCACGCUUCUCCGAAAAUUGCAUAUGGGUUCCGCAGCCUCUACCUGGAUGCAUGUCUCUUCGUAAAAAAAACAUCAUCUACAGUGAAACACCUUUACUUGAUGCAGUUGUUCUCGAGCGCGGCGCAUUGGUUGUAACACUUUCCAUGAAUCUCGAGCUUCAAAUAUGGGAUUGCCCUGACAGCAAAAGCAGUAAGAAGUCUAUUGCUAGAUCGACACACAUUCUCGACAAGAUAAUGGGCGAGCCCCGCUUAAUGCUUAAUACCCCAGAAAAAAAGCAUCAACACGAUUGCCAUUUCAUCGCCUUGAUCUACUCAAGUGGCCAAACAUGCGGAUUCGAAGUCUCAUUCAGCCGUGGCAUUGUCCCAGUAAAAUCCAGCUCGCUCGACAUUGGGGAUGAAAAAGAUAUAUACCUGGUGUCCUCCAUCAACCCUGUGAAUUAUGGGUUUUUCGCUGAUAGGUCUUUGGUCUCCAUUAUUACCAAAAACGGCCUGAUUAAAACAUUCAAAAGCAUAGUCAUGCCUCAUUUCAUCGAGUGGAAGUUGACGUUCGAAAUGGACACAGGUCUUUCUGACUGUACCCUAAUAUGUGGCUCUUCAAUAGACAAAAUAUGUGUGGUUGAUAAAUCUCGCCAGAGAUUAACAAUUUGGGAUUUAAGGAGAAGUUUUCUAGAGUAUGAAGAGUCAUUUGACGAUCUUAUAAGAGAUAUUGACUGGACGAGCACAAAGUUCAGUCAGAGUAUUUUUUCUGUUGGAUUCAAAGAUCAUUCUCUAUUGUUCACCCAACUUAGGUAUGACUACACAAGCAAGAAUCCCAGCUACUGUCCCGUUGAAAAAAUUGACCUAAGUCAACACACAACUCAUCCCGUUGGAGAUUCAAUCUGGAUGACAGACGGAACAUUUGUUGCUGCCUCUGGAAACCAAUUAUUUAUCAAGGACAAAUAUUUGGACAUCCAUGAUAAGUUUACAAAUCAGUCCAUAGGAUCAAGAAGGAUUCUUUCAAACGAUAUCAUGCACUUGAGCACAGUCCUGAACGGCCCUCUUCCAGUCUAUCACCCACAAAUGCUGAUUCAGGCAUUAUACGCAGGAAAGUUGAAGCUAGUAAGAGAAAUCCUUUUGAGACUUUUCUUGAAACUUCGAGAUUUUGAGUUCAGAUCUAUUGAUGUUGCAGAAUUAGGUUCAACAUUGGAGCUUAGUUAUCAAAAGUUUGUCUGUCCGAACGAGGAGUCCUACUCAAUGGAUUCUUACCCUGAGCCGUAUUCAUACUUCAAUGCCUCGGUAUCACUUUCAUUGAAAGAAAAACUCGCCAAACACGCCUUACCAUUCCUUACUCGCCAUCAACAAGUAACACUGUUGACAGUAAUUGAAGCUAUUGAAGACAUGGAUAAAAACGACCGGGCGCUUGAUUACAACGGCAUGCUUUUUAUACUUGGGGUCAAACUUUUCGAGUUGCACCGCAAAACGCAGGAAUCAGUCCAUGUCAGAGAUGCUCUUUGGUCUCUAUGUUCAAAAAAUCGUAAGGUCUUGUUUUCAACGGUGAUGCCCAACAUCAAUUCUUGGAAGCGCGCACGGGAAUACAAAAUCAGCUACUGGGCAGAACGCGACGACCUCGUGGCUACAUUCGAUAAUAUCGCAAAAUUUGAGUUUUCAAACGAUGCAAAUAGAGAUCCAAGAAGUGCCGGUAUUUUCUAUCUAUCAUUGAAGAAAAAGCAAAUCCUUACUAGCUUGUGGAGAAUCAGCGUAGGUCAUCCGGAACAACAAAAAAUGCUUAAAUUUUUGAAUAACGAUUUUCGAGAGCCUCGGUGGAGAAGGGCGGCCUUCAAAAAUGCUUUUGUAUUACUCAGUAAGCACCGUUUCCCAGAUGCGGCGUGUUUUUUUUUGCUGGCAGACUCGCUUAAGGACGCCGUUAAUGUCAUUCUCAAACAAAUGGAUGACCUCCCACUAGCUUUUGGCGUUUGUAGGGUUUACGAAGGUGAUUUUGGCCCGGUGCUAAAGGAUGUUUUAUUAAACAAUGUUUUGCCGCAAGCGGUUUUGAGCAACGACCGGUGGUUGACUAGCUUGAUCUACCAUGCUAUCAACGAGCCUAGUCUCGCCAUGAAGGCUUUAAUUAUGUCCCCCAUUCAUCUGAGCGACAACGCAAAGCUGAUAAAUCAGCAAGAAUCAGUCAACAAGUCCUUUUUGGUUGAAGAUCCUGCCCUCCUCAUGCUUUAUAGACAGGUCAGGAGAAUGGGUAGGACUCUCUAUGCUGCAUCUUUAGAGGUCGAUACAGAGCUUGAGUAUAAAACUGUGCUCAGAGUCGCAGCGAUCUACACGAGAAUGGGCUGUGACUUUUUGGCGCUUUCGCUUAUAGUGAAUUGGAAAUUUGAAGAUAAGUUCCUGCGCGAGAAACAAAACAUUGAAGUUAAGACAACGCCUGAAAAAUCGCCAGCUAAUAAUGAUGAGCAACCUGUGAGAUUGAGAAGCAUAUUUGAGAAAUUCGAUGAUAUAUCGGGUAAACCUGUCCAACAGGGCAUCAACUCCACAGGUGGUGCUAGCGGUAAUAACACCCAGGUCAGAAGCUUGCUGGAUGACUUCUAG